GUGCCAGUACGUGCCAUCGUCUCGCUUAUAUACUGCAGUUUAUAGUAAUUCACUGGAUGACGUAACUCAUUGUUUUCGGUUGUGACAAUCAGUUGUUCCAUAGACAUUGUUUGAGCAUUUUAGUUGUGCGCCGUGUUCCGGGCAACUGCUUGAACUCUUGCAUCAGUACAUUAAUGUAUAAUACACCUGGCACAAGGAUCCCACGUGACUGUGACGUAUACAGCUGGCGGAGGCACUCUGGAAGUUUCAUCAGCCGGUGGGUGGGUACCGCAAGCAACGAUCGAAGUGCAGCAGUGUAAGCGUGGCAGUCGGUGGUGGAGGUUAGGAGUGUUGAGUGACGUUUGGCUGGGUCCAAACUCAAUAGUGCUGUUUUUAGUGUAUCUUUCUGUUUUGUGGAGUGGCUUUCUUACGAAGAUGUCAGCAACACGGACAAUUGUUAUACCAUCGUUGUCAAAUUGUAUCGGCAAGCUGCCUUCGGUAGUUGCGCCGAGAAACGUUAUAUGUACAAAACCAGAAGAUGCGAUGCUUUUCACAAAUUCUUCUCCAUUGACGUGCAUUAGCACACUUGAAAAAAUUCCACGCAUUCCAACUACUAACAUAAAUGUGGAAGAAAAGCGACAGCCUAGCAGAAAACGAAGACUGGACCACUUAACGCUAGAAGAAAAACUUCAGCGGAAGAAACUGAAAAACAGAGUUGCUGCGCAGACGUCUAGAGACAGAAAAAAGGCUAAAAUGGACGAACUGGAAACAAUAGUGAAAGAACUAAGAGACAAGACAAACCAGUUGUCGGCACAGUGUGAGAGGUUACUUAGAGAGAAUCGGCGAUUAUCUGAGCAGAAUGAAGAACUGCGUAGACAACAGUGUGGUUGCCAGGCGCUCGGAGUCAGCUGCAGACCUGCAGUUGCUGGACCUGCAGUGUCCACCUCCCCUCUGCCGCAGGGGCAGAGUCUGCAGCUGGCUCAGGGCCUGGGACACCUGAUGACGACGCUUUUCCUGCUCUUCUCGCUGAUAUCUCAGAUGACUACCUUACACAGCUGGAAGAGUUGGCAAACAGUUUGUUGGGAGAAGGAGAUAGUACAGUGGAUGGAGAGAAGAAAGAUGUCUGCAAGGCUAGGGAAUCGGGGAAAGACAAUUGUGCUCCUGAAGUGGUGGGGCAGACACCAAAAGACAUGGAAACCACUGGAAGAUUACUAAGUAAUCCUAUCCAGUCAUCAGAAACACACAGUCAGUCACACAAAGAACCAUCCCUUGAAUUUGUGAAGAGUGAAGAAGUUGUCAGUGUACCAGAAACCGUGUAUGGCACUUACGAUGAAUCGACUCAGACUGUAACCAUUAUAGUACCACACGAAGGAGGCAUGCUUGUUGAAGAAGCUGUUCAAGAAGUUGUCACAACUGAAGAAGAUACAGACAGUGAAAUUUUGAUUAAUGACUGCAAAGACGAACCAGUUUCUCCCUGUUCCAGCAACUCGUCUGAAGUUCUAUCGGCGGACUCCUCAUUUUAUAUGCAAACAGAGUCUCCAGCAGUUUGUCAUACAGAAACACCAUUAUCAGAUUGUGGAUAUGAAUCACUGGAUUCCCCACAAAGUGAAAUAUCAGCCACUGAAUGUGUAUCAGAUCUUUGGAAUGAAUGUUUUACAGAAUUGUUUCCCAAUCUCGUUUAAAUUUGUCAGUCUGAAUUUAAUGUUAACAUUAACUUAUUUAGGUAUUUUAUGUUGUACAUAUAGUUUUUUGUACAGUCUGAGUCGAUGAUUCACAUUUUCAUGUAUUCAAGGAUUUGUCUAUGUGUGAAUAAACUGUGUACGUAAAUGAUGUAA